AUGUCUAGUGAUUUCGCUAUCUAUAUUCGAGACAAGCUUUUCGACAGCAAAACAUCUGUAGACCAUAAAAUCUUACAUAGUGUAAACAAGAAAGGUGAAUUUGUUCUAAAGUUCUGUUUCUGGGAAUAUGACAAGAACCAUAAAACAUUAGGCAGAGAAGUCUUUAAGUUUGUCAAUGACAGACUUGUUGACAGAGAUGACGCCUCUUGGAAAGAUGAAGUCCAACAAAAGUUCUUAGAAUGCAAAGAAGACACAUGCGCUGUUCUUGAAGAUGAAAUAGAAAACAGAAUAGAAGAGCUAUUAAAGGACAAAGAACUUUUACAUAAAUAUGGUUGCGCCAAAUUU